GUUCAACGUACCAUGCUUCGCUAAAAUUAAAAUGUCAAUCAAUAUGAAUGGAGUCACCGUCAGUCUACGCUGCACUGCGAGAAAAGAAGUUCAUACUGCAACACUUGCUGGGAGAAGGAUCUUAUGCUAAAGUUUACAGAGCAGUCUACAUCGUUGACGAAACCCGUACCGUCGAUCUAGCGUGUAAAGUGAUCGACACGUCUACCGCUCCCCGCGCCUACUUGACCAAGUUCCUGCCGCGCGAGCUGGACAUCCUCGCCCGCGUCAACCAUCCCCACAUCAUACACGUCACCAACAUCUACCAGCGCUACGCCAAGUACUUUGUAUUCAUGCGAUUAGGCGAGAACGGUGAUCUCCUAAAUUACAUAUCAACCAAAGGGCCCCUAUCUGAAGCCCAGUGCAGAGUUUGGAUGCGGCAGUUGAUGUGCGCCCUAGAAUACAUGCAUGCCCUCAAUGUCGCACACAGAGACCUUAAGUGCGAGAACAUCCUCAUUUCUGCAAAUUUCAAUGUGAAAUUAACAGAUUUUGGUUUCGCGCGCCGAACGCGGGAGGCUGGAGGGCCCAACGAUGCUAUGUCAGACACAUUUUGUGGCUCUCUUUUGUACGCGGCUCCGGAGAUACUGAAGGGUGUACCAUAUGCGCCGAAAAUGGCCGACGUGUGGUCCAUGGGAGUUAUUCUAUACGCUAUGCUUAAUAAAGCCCUACCGUUUAACGACAAUUCUGUGCGGGUGUUAUAUGACAAACAGAUACAGCGCAAGUGGCGUUUCCGCUCAAAGGUGGUCAGCGUUGUGUCGCCAGAGUGUCUGUCGCUGGUGACGGCGAUGUUGGAGCCGGACGCGCAGUUGCGGCCCACUGCCACCGCUGUCUUCAGCGGGCCUUGGAUCGCCUUGGAACCCCGAUUAACCAAGUAUACUGCAAUGGAGGAAUCAUUGCUUAAGCAGGCGAUGAAGGAUUUAGAAAAGCCGCGAGCUCUCGAGGAAAAUGAAUCUGAAACAGGUAAUAUGAAAACACUAAAGAAGUUAGAUCCCUCAUUGAUGGCUCCUGUUAACGGCAGUGGACCUUUGGCUGGAAAAUAAUGUAUUUUUGGUGAACUUCGCCAACCAGAGUAUAUCGCCUAAUUUGUUAGUCGGGCUAAGCUAAGUCUGCGCCAUUGCUCUAGUCGUCUAUGUUAAGCGAAAGAUCGGUACAGUCAGCGUCUCAUGUAUUAUUUAGAAUUAUGG